AUGAUUGAACUUGAUUCAUCACUGAAUGUUUCAGCCAUUGAAGAGCCAAGCACGAACCUCUCAAAUUCAUGGUCUGAUACCAACAACAAUACAGCACAGGAAAUUGCUCCUCAUAGCGAGGACUUUCUUGAGCUAUACCUACAAAAGUGUUCCGAUUACUCCAUUCAAAAACCAUGCUCUCGAUUGAUUAAAGAAUAUUCGAAACUGAAGGAAAAGGGGAAACGAAUGAGACAUUUAAUGCUGAACGGAAAUUGUGUUUCAAUGUUUGAAAAUCGGCUGCAAAACUUGGACAUCUUUGCCAUUUGUGACACACUGGAAAUUCUAAACACAUCUUUCAUUGUGAGUUGUGAUCUUUCCUUCAAUAAUAUUGGUGAUAGCGGUGCAAAUGCAAUUGCAAGAAUGCUAAAAAUCAAUACCUCAAUUCAACAUCUUUCGGUGAAAUCGAACGCUAUUACCGAGAGAGGAGCGUCUGACGUUGCCGAAGCUCUCAAAGAGAAUCAUUCUCUCAAAUCAUUUGACUUUAGUUACAACUCGAUCGAGGACAAGGGUGGAUUGAAAAUGGCAGAAAUGCUAAAGGAAAACUCAACACUGAAAUUUCUUAAUUUAAAUGCAUGUGAUUUAAAAACCUCCUCCAUCACAUUACUUGCAAUAGUUGUAAAGGCACAUCCUAGCCUAAGAGAACUUCGAAUUGCCAAGACGAUCAUGAAUUCUAAAAAAGAGGAAACAGUCAUUCAUUUAUCAGAGAUAUUUAAAGUGAAUGACAGACUUCGUUCACUUGAUUUGAGCUUUCAGUCGUUGAGUGACAGUGGAGUUACAGUUUUCUUUCAGGGAAUAAUGAUGUGCCGUACCUUGACACAUCUUUACCUCGGUGCAAACUGUAUCACAUUAAGCACUGACAUUAUUGCACGAUUUUUAGAAAAUCCCAACUGUGCACUCCAACAUCUGGACUUGUCAGCGAACAGAAUAGAUAGUGAUGGAGGAAAACAAAUUGCAAGAAGUUUGAUCAAAAACAAAACACUCAUACACCUAGAUUUAACUAACAACAACAUUGGAGAUGACGUUUUAACGUUUCUAGCGAAAACUCUUCUCAGCAAGAACGACGUUCUCAAAAAGCUCUUGAUUGCUGACAACAACUUUUCACAACCAUCCAUACAAGCGUUUCAUGCACUUACUAAGGAGCGAUUUGACAUUGAAAUUGAUAUCUAUACGUACAAAACAGAUGAAACCUACUAUUGGACCCGAAAAGCUACCCCUGUAAAAUAUGAACACAAUGUUGACACUAAGGAAGAACAAAUUACAGAAAUUGAGCACUUGCUGGUUUCUUGCUUUUCCGAUAAUUCGAAUCCAAUGACCAACUUGGAUCGAAUUGUCCGUUGA